CACGGACUGCUCUGUCCUGGGCUCUGUGGGGGGAACCUGACGCUGUGCAGGGGUAAUUCGUGUUGCUAUGUGCCAGUUCGGAGCGCGGUGUGAAUUCACUGGACGAACCUCAUCCAGCAUCCGCGCGCCCUCGACGUCCUGCAUGGAGCAGCUCUCUGUGGAAAGGGUGUCUUCUCCAGAAUGUGACUGGUCUCCACGGUAACAGACCACAGGCAGACCCAUAAAAACAUCAGAUGUAAGUGGUUCAGCCUGGUCCAACCCACCUGAUCCUGGACUGCAUUGAAGAGGAUUUUAACAAAAGACAUACGAUCAAUGAUCCUCAAAUCUUAUAUGUCUCAAAGAUAUGAAAGUAUUUCGAGAAGCUCCUAUGUUCCUAGGAACCUGAAAUCAUUUUAGCUUGAAUGCCCUUCAGAAGGUUUUGCUUUCUAUUGUUGUGAGUCACAAUGCGGAAAAUGUGAACCCAAGGAAGUGAAAAGUUGCCUUCUGUACUUUAAAAACUUUCCUGGAUCAUUAUGUUGGGGAUUUGCUCAUUACCUACUGAAGGACCUUAAACUGCACAGCAGUCGUUCCAGCCCCAAACCAGGACCAGGAUGCACCAGUUGUUUAGCCAGGUGCUGGGCCAGAGGGAUCUGUCCAGAGCAGGAGAUCUGUUCUCUCUGGAGGACACAGAGAUCGAAGACUGCCUGUCUCAAGCUCUGGAUCAAAUCAAGGCCAUCUCCUGCACCCCGGACUAUUUGACCAAUGACAACGACCAGGCUGUGGUGGAGAUUUGCAUCACGCGCAUCACCACAGCCAUAAGGGAGACCAGCUCCAUCGAGCGACACAGCACGGCGCUGGUGGGGCUGUGGGAGUCGUGCCUGGAACACAACCUCACCCCACAAGGUGAAAACACAGAGGACACACCGCACGCCAAGAUAGCCUCCGACAUCACCAGCUGUAUCCUGCAGAACUACAGCUGUCCUUCGGUCAUGGUGCUGGCUGUCCCGGUAGCGGUGCGGUUCCUGCAGAGAGGGAACAGGGAGCUGAGCAGGAACAUGUCCAGUUAUCUCUCCCUGGCUGCCAUAGCCAAAGCUGACCUGCUGGCUGAACACACGGAGGCCAUGACAGUCAGUGUACUGGGAGGUAACCACAUGCUGUUGCGGGUGCUGCCGUCAGUCUACCCCAGACAACCAGACACCAUCCACCAUCACCUAGGCAACCUCACUGCAAUGAUGUCACAGCUGGAAUCUCCGGAGCAGCAACACCUGAUCAGACUCAUUCAGAUGGUCGCUGAGCAACAUCCACUAAUGUUGAGUCCUCAGGUGCCUACACUGAUCACCUAUCUAGGUGACCAGUCGCUGACAGAGGCUGUAUUGGGUGCGCUUGUGGACGUGUCACAGGCCAGCCCUUCCUCGUUGGUCACCUUUCUGCCAGCGCUGAGGAUCGUGGGGCAGCAGUGUCCGACUUUUCUGGGUCACGUGGCGAAAAUCCAUGGAGCUGUGGGCAUCAUCAGUGAGUCUCAUGCUCACAGCUCAUUGGUCUACCUGGUGUCCCUUCUGAGCAGCAUGGAGCACAGCUUUCACCACACGCUGCUGCUGGAGAUCAGAGCUCUGACUGACCGCUACCCAUCUUUACUGGGGGGCUGUGGUAAAGACAUCUACAGGAUGAGCAACUCAUUCACUGCCAUAGCCAGACUCCUGGGAAGACGACUGGAGGAGAAAGCAGCCACACACUGCAGGGUCGAUGAGGCUUGCCUGCCUUCCUGUGCAUCUCCUCCAGGUGGAGGUGGAGGAGGAGGAGGAGGGGCCUCGGAGCAGCGUCUGCAGGUGAAAAUCCAAACCUUCGAGGAGAAAAUGGGGGAAGCAGGGGAAGAAGAGGAGUUGGAGGAGGAGUCUCCUGCCCCCCAACGACGCUACAGCCUGAGCCAAGCCGUCAGGGAGGAGAGACGCGAAAUGAGAUUCAACAGGUCAAAGAGCCUGGCACUCCAUGCUGUGCGUUCACGCUCCAUCAACUCGGACACCGGGGAGGACUGCGAGGGGGCGGAGCUAAGCACGGACAAUGCCUUUUCAAAUACUUUGCCUAAUCAGCACUCAGAAAACCAGGAAGAGUCUACAGAGAGGAAACCGACCAGUGAGAGCUCGCUGCCCGUCACCGCUCCACUAGGCCGAGAGGUCACAGAGCCAGAGAAAGGUGAAAGCAGAGAAAAGGACGGAGAGAAGGGGCAGCAGGGGGAAGCUGACAGACUCUUCAUCCAUCUAAGAGACAACAUGGAGACGAUCAGAGAGUUCUGUAAAGACAUGAUGCAGCAGAUCCCCAUACCAGAGCAGUGUGUGAUAGAAGAUUCAAAUCGAGGUUGUGUGGCCAAGCUGUCGUUCUCCUGUCCAUUGAAGGGUCACUACUGUCUGUACGCCAAGUCCAGUUUCAACCUGACCAGCCGACAGCCUCACCUUUGGAUUCACGUCAUGCUGCUACAUCUACAGAGUAAAUCCAGUGUCCCUCUGUGCACCGGGGACAAGUGUGUCCAAAGACUGGCUUCUCUUUGGGAGAAGACGCAGCUUAAAGGCGCUCAUAGCUUUUCCAUCGCUAUGACACAGCAUGCCACGCCACACAGGAAGGACCUGGACAACCUUCAGAUCCAGCUGGAGGAAGUGCGUUUCUUCGACCUGUUUGGAUACAGUGAGGAUGAAGGAGGUUGGCUCUGCUUCAUGUGCAACAAUCCUGAGAAGGCCACAGUGGUGAACCAGGAGGGGCAGCCUCUAAUUGAAGGGAAGCUGAAGGAAAAGCAGGUCAGAUGGAAGUUCAUUAAGCGCUGGAAAACACGCUACUUUACCCUGGCGGGAAACCAGCUACUCUUCCGGAGAGGAAAAUCAAAAGACGAGCUGGAUGACAUUCCUAUCGAGCUGAGCAAGGUGCAAAGUGUUAAGGUUGUGGCCAAGAAGCGUAGAGAUCGGGGUCUGCCUCGGGCCUUCGAGAUCUUCACAGACAGCAAGACAUACGUGCUGAAAGCUCAGGAUGAGAAACACGCCGAGGAGUGGCUGCAGUGCAUCAACGUGGCCGUGGCUCAGGCCAGAGAGAGGGAGAACAGAGAGGCCACCACCUACCUGUGAGACCCCGACUACACGUGGGUCUUUUUUUUCUUACACGCCUUCAUAAACAUCCGCCAGAGUUGAAAAGAAGAAAGAAAAAAACAUCACAGCAGGUACCGGUGAAGAGGAAGACACAACAUACACUGCCAGUGGUGCUUCAGUAGCACUACAACUUCAUAUCUGUGGUGUACAUCUUCAGUGUACACAAUGACAAUUAAAAAUGGUAUGCAGUAUUUUUACUAUAGUUAAACCAGCAAUAAAAUACAGUGUGUAUCUACCACAACCAAGAAUAGUUAAAUAUUUAAUGUACUUAACCGUGGACGUGCUCAUAUGUGAUGCCUCUGUAUCCAUGGACCAUAAUCAGUGAUUACAUACUGUAUGAAUGUUACAACUAAAUAUAGUGUUAGAUGCCAACCAGACAAAACCAGCAUGUGACCCAUUGAGAUGUACGGCAGUCAAGAGCAGUUAUUUCAGCAGUAAACACUCAACAGAAGCACAGACCUUUGUAGCAAUAAUGAGACUAAAAAGCUCCUCUUCAAAGCAGGAAGGAUGAAGAGGAGCCUAAUGGACAGCAGAUGGGAGGUGCGUUCGGUGUGUGUGACUGUGUGUGUGUGCGUGUGUGUGCCGAGAUAGAGUGAAUACGAUGUAGUCUUAAAGGUACAGCUCAGCGUUUUGAGAAACAUGCUUGCUCACUUUCUCGUCAAGAGUUAGAUGAGAUCAUUUGUAGCACUUUCACAUCCUACAACUAAGUGUCUUCUACAGGCAGAAUACAGUUAGCUUAGCAUAUCUUAGUCAAAAGACUGGGAUCGAAGGGAAACAUUUAUGGCUAUAAUAAAAAGUGUAUUUCUUAAAAUGUCAAGCUGUUCCUUCAUAUACACAAUAUUUCAUUGUGGAAGCCUUGUAUUCAUAUUUAAUCCAGCGUCUUUGUAUGAUGUAUAUUAUUUUUACGGUAUUUUCAUCACUAACAAACUUAUGUUUUGAAUCUAUUUUCAGUUUUGGCUGUCGCACUAAAGUAACUUAUGAAGCAAGCCUCUUAAGGGUCUGUGCGGUGGUCCAAUUUCUGCUCUUGCAAUCUUGGUACAGCGUGGACUGGGCUAUUUCUGGUUUUCCUAAACAAGGAAAGUCUGCUGCGAUUUGCUCCACAUUUUUACAAGGAGCAGUGUAAGCUCAACUGUUGCUUAAUAGUGGAGUUUCGACCAUAAAUUUCUGAGAAAACGCUAAAGUUAGAAUCUUUGCCAGUUCAGUCACAUUCAGUCACACUGACUAAAGGCGAUCCAGUAAUAGGUUCCAUUUCAUUUCAGUUUUAUCUACGCUGUGGGACGGGAUGAAGCAGAAAUAGAACAUCACAAAGUGUGAACAUCGUUCAUAUUUAUACAAUGUUCCACCUGUAAAAUGUCAACCUAUGGCAAUAGUGCAGCAUAACAACGUCCUUACCUACUCACGUCUUGACCCAAUUUAGCUCUGAGCUGCCUGCACCAGACAAAUGUUCACGGCCAGCCAUGGCAAAUCAAUUACUCUAUAUGAUAUCUGAUUAUGAUGUUUAUCUGGAUCCAGAUCUGAGGUGUGUGUGUGUGUGUGCCGCCCACAGGUGACCGCUUCCUUGGCAUUGAAUGCUUUCAGUUACGUGUAUGAGUAAGGUGGUUUUAAUUUGAGUGUGUGUGACAGAAAAGCAAAUUAUCUUGAGUCUUAGUUUGUCCUGCAGCUAAAGCCCUAUCAGCUCCGUACCUGCAGCCAUAACACAGCCUUUCCCACUGGGUCAAGUUACUGCUGUUUGUACUUUUAACUGACUAUGUGCCGCCCUCCCUCCCUCAGCCUAGCUGACCUCCAUCCGCUUACAUUAUAUUAUUUACAUCGUGCCUCACCUUACCUUUUGAUUUCCUCCUUACUCUGUUUCUCUCUGAUGUAUGACCUACAUACAGAUCUGGCUGUGCACCGCAAAGUCUGAGAUUUCCCAUCAUGUGUAUCACAGAGUAUCUUUAUGAAACCAUUUUGACCACAAUGUGUACUAAAUGACUGUGUCUUAACAAAUAUUGGAUAGGUUAAGGUAACAUUUGAUUUAUAUUUAUGGUUUUCAGUGGAUCGCUCACCCUGUUCAGUGUUUUUAUCCACUGGUUUUACUGGAAAGCCCAGGAGAAAAUUUACAUUUAUGGUUUUAAAGGGCCAGUGUUUAGUAUCUAGUGACAUCUAGUGGUGAGACUGCAGACCGCAACCAACUGGAAAGGUCACAGAAUUCUAUGAGAAGCAAAAGAAAGAAUUGUUGUUUUGAUAAAGAAGUCAGAAAAUUAUUGACUUUUUAUAAAAUUAUGUGAGCAACUGUGAUCGGAUUUUUAUGAUGAACAGUAGGACAUAUCAAGCUGUGCAGCUCUUCAUCUAACAGCUCACUGUGGCUGCUCCAUCUUGUUCCAUUGUUCCAUUACUCCCAAAACUGACCGUUGUCUUGCUUUGUAGGUCCAUUUUGAUGAAUGACAGUAAAGCUCCUUGACAGGACACAUUACAUUUCCUGUGACUAAUUCAUAAUAUGUUGUUAAUGAGCUGCCUGCUGCAUUUAAUAUGAAGUUGCAGCAACAGCCUCUGGACCAAUUUAGCAUUCUACAUUCAUAUCCAGAUAUCUGUUUACAGUAAAUACAUUAGCAGCUACUGAACAUUCUUUGUUAAAAUAUCCCCACAGACUCUCAUUUCACAACAAAUGAAGACAAUAGAUUUGUCUUCAUCUUGUUUGGUCCGUCAAUCUAAAUCAAGCGAAACUAAUGUGACUUUCUUGUCAGCUCUCCACCACUGCUAAAGCACACAAACUGAAUGCAUUAUAAAAUAUUAGAACACACGUUGCACCUACAGCUCCUCUUAAGCCAAGUUCCAGCUUUCUGCCAUAUGCUGUACAUUAACUGUACCAUGACUUAACUGUUUUUAACCGCUCGGUGUGGAUUUCUUUGUGUUUGCAGUGAAUGUCUGAUGAUAUGAAUGUCAGAAAAUGCCGUCUAAGAGUAGCAAUGCGAGCCCUGUGCGCUGUCCCGCUGCCAUGUUGGCCUAGUCUACAAACCUCCAGGGCCAACAUUCUUAGAAAAAAAUAGUAAUUGUUUGGAGCGUUCUUUCCUCGCAAUGAAAUACAUUUGUAGGCAGCUGUGUAUGUAGACCUGGGAAUUAAAAACUCCAUCUAUCUUUCCAUCUAUCUAUCCACGAUUUCACACUGGAGAAUAGGAAGCUGUUCCUUUUACUGCUUCAACAAUGAGAUUAAAUUAUCCAGUUCAGACACCAGGAAGGAUGCAAUCACUGCGACUGUGAACGUGAUCGAUAAGUAUUAAAGUAUCCGAAUGUAUACAAACAAAAACAUAUGUAUCAGCCUUGUAUAAAGAAUCGCAGAAACUGUACUUUAUAGUGUUGUUUAAUUCCAUUUGAUUUUUGAUAUGAGAUCAGUAUUUAUUUUUUUAGUGCUGUUUUAAAUCUUCGGUCUGGAAAGACCACUGAAACAAUGAUUGUCACCUUUGUCUUCCCUUUCUUCUUCUCUAGUUUUUAUAUUGCAAAACAACAAAUGAAUGCUGUAUUUUACUGACCGUUACUGGUAUUGUUAUGUAACAAUGUCCCUGUUGUACCUUUGCAUGUCUGCUUUCUUGUCUUUUUCCUGACAGAGUUGUGAAAUAAAUCAGUCAGUCUCUGGA